AGAGUUUUAAUAAUGGCGUGGACUCAGCGGGGAGCAGCUGCUCUUUACUCCCCGUCCGGUACCAGCCAGAAACCUGCGAGCGUCGAGAAACGGAUUUUAUUGGAGCGUUGAGAGCAUUUUAACGGAUUUUAUUAUGUUACCUCACUGAAAGUAAAUCUCCGCUGAGAGCUUCAAACUGUGAAACUACCUGCUGCUGGUCGCUGGAAGCGCCUUGUCAUGUCGUUACUGUGUGUCAGAGUGAAAAAAGCCAAACUCCAAGGACCACCAGAUAAGUUCAACACCUACGUGACGCUGAAGGUCCAGAAUGUUAAAAGCACAACCAUCACGGUGCGCGGCGACCUGCCCUGCUGGGAGCAGGACUUCAUGUUUGAGAUCAACCGGCUGGACCUGGGGCUCAUUGUGGAGGUGUGGGACAAAGGCCUCAUCUGGGACACCAUGGUGGGAACGGCCUGGAUCCCCCUGAAAAACAUCCGCCAGUCUGAAGAGGAAGGUUCGGGCGAGUGGAUCUUCCUGGAUGCAGAGGUUCUGAUGAAGGCUGAUGAGAUUUAUGGCACCAAGAACCCGACGCCUCACCGAGUUCUGCUGGACACGCGCUUCGAGCUGCCGUUCGAUAUCCCAGAGGAUGAAGCGCAGUAUUGGACGGGGAAGCUGGAGCGAAUCAACAUGGGAAUCCAUGAUGAGUUUCCUCUUCCAGAUGAGGACCAGAGGGCUCCGCUGCAGUGUGCACCCUCCCAGUGCUCUUUGGACGACCAGGACAGCGCCGUAGACGACCGGGACAGCGACUACCGCAGCGAGACCAGCAACAGUUUGCCGCCUCGGUACCACACCACGGCCCAGCCCAACUCGUCCGUGCACCAGUUCCCCAUGGGGCCCCGCGGCGCCCAGCAGCACCCAGACUGCUGCACCGACUCGGUCCACAGCUUGGACCUGGACUACCGGGACCAGAGAGGAAGCAGUCCGGUGGAAAGUAAUCGUUUCGGGUCGUCGGGGAACCUGAGCCAGACUAGCUCGCAGCUAAGCGAGACCGGCCAUGAGAGCACUGGCGGCUCCGAACUGGAAGAGUCUUUCCACUCCUACCAUAGUACCGGCUUACACCCGUCCACCAACGGCCAGCCGCGUCCCACCGGGCCUCCCACCAACGGACACUCGACUGGCAGCGAGAAGGAUGUAGACAUUCAGUCCAAUGUAUUACUGCAGAGUUUAAAGAGCGAUGCAUCAGAAAAAGAAGCACCAAAACUCCCAAGAUUCCAUGAUGGAGGCCAGCCGUUGCCUUUCUCCCCGUCUAGAGUUCGUUGGUUGAAAGCCAUCAACAAAGUGAGAGUUCAGCUUCGGGAGGUACUCUCAGUCGCAGAGCUAGCUGUUUUCCCAUGCGCUGGACCAGUUGACAACAGGCUCCACCUCCCAGGAAUGUUUCCCAAAGGACGGAUUGGUGGACAAGAUGAAAAUCCACUUCAAGUCUCACCAAAAAGGCAAGAGCUGCAGACGAAGAGCUCAAAGAGCCCAGACUUGGGGGAAAGCUUGCACAGAAAGCUGCUGGGGCUGGAAGAUAAUCCCCCUUGUGACGUUUCAGCGAUCAACUCUACCAGCAACAAAACUAGCAUAGCCUCAGUUGGGGAAAAGACAGCAACUCGAUGCCAGGAUGGCAGUGCAGCUGGGGAUGAUACCAAACAUGAUGCACAGGAGAAGAUGUCAGUUGAGGAAGCAGGGCAAGGUUCUGGUAACAUAGUGGAGCACAUCCUUAAAGAGUUGAAAGGCAUCAAUAAGAUCCAGGAGGAAAUAUCUGAUCUGAGGCAGUAUUUAACAUCUGUGCGCGGCUCAGUGGAUGAAGUAUCCUGUUGUGUCGACGCAGUGCUCAGUGAAAUUGGGGAGCUGUACUGCGGCGCUUCAGCCACACCUCAGCCGAGUCCGGUUCCUCAAACGGCACGUAUCAGACGAGGAAGUCUGGGCAGACAGAACGCCGUCAUGUGUCUCCACGAGAGAGAUCCCAGUCCACUGUUGGAUAACACUGUGUAUGGAGAUGAUUCAGGCUCUAGAGAAACUAAACAUUGGCAAGAAGACAACAAAACUGAUGGUGUUGUCCGUCCAUUUAGCUUUGCCAACUUGGAGCAGAGUUCAAAUCCUGAACUCUGCCACCUGGAGCGUUAUUGUGGACAGAACUACCAAAGCACCAGCUCUCUGUCAUCGUCUCACAGCUCAAGCUACCAAGAAGCAGGUUUUCCUUCUGGUGACACAGAAAGCAAUAUCUGGAAUUGGAGUGAAGAAGACAUCUCCUCUUGUGGCCAAGACGGUUGGAAGAAGGAACCACAAUGUGUUGCAGUGGGAUCUUCCCCAAACAGCAGUUCUGAACACCUUUCUCUGUUGUUUGGACAACAGUACAACUCUUCCUCAAGUUCUUCCAGUAAGGUUGCAUGGAGGACACCAAACAAUGAAGCUGAGGAGGAAACACUGGACUGUGACUGCGCUGCAAACUGCCCAUUUUCCCGAAGUUCUGGUUACCACACAAUGGACGCUUGUGCGAACGACCUCGACAGCGAGCCAUCGAGGAGCUUGAGCUGCUCCACCGUGCUGUUGACGGAUUGUGAUGACGGUUACCCGGCACAACAUUCGCCCUGCGAUGAAUAUCCAUCAUCUGGGGAUACUCUUGAUCUCGGGUCCGCUGAAAGUCUGGACAGGGAAUGGACAGAUCAGAGCCUUUCCAAAGAAGAAGUACUGGAAUCAUCAUCACAAACAUCUUCUGAGAUAGAUUCAGAGACCACACCUAAAACUCCCAUUGACAAGGUUGAUGAAACGAUCUUCAGCGAGGCUGUGGUCACUUUUAGGUCUGCUUUGAAAGGGGCAAUGAGGAAGUUUGAAAUGCCCGACCAUGAGGGAGUUACUGACUCUCACUUGUCUCCAUCAUCAAUUGGACAAGCCAGUGAACCCAAUGAGAAGGAUGUUCACCAAUUUACCUCUGCAAUGCGGGACGGUGGGACUAGUCAAACAUAUGACAAUGCACCAGUCUCUCCACAAGAGUUUCCCACUCCAACUAAGUAUAACUCAUUAGAGUUGGCACAAGAAACCGUGGAGAGCAGUGGAGAGUUGUCCAGCGUUGCCGUAACCCCAAACCACAGUCCUGCUGUACGGCCGAAAAGUCUUCUGGAGCCAAUCAGCGAAAACGGCCCCCCUGCUGAGGGAGACAAAGUGAAACCAACUGAUUCCAGCCAUAAAGAGCGAAUUGCUAAUUUUCAGCGCAUAUUGAGAGAAAAAAGACAGACACAUCGUCGACUCUCCAGAUCCACUCAGGGUUCCUACGGGUCUCAGGGAUCUCAGGGAUCUCAGGGAUCCCAAUCCCAAGACGAAUUCAUCCCAGAGUUUGGAAGAGAAGAAAAUCAGGUCAGAGAUGUGGAGCCCAACACCAGACAGGCCUGGGCUAAACCAAGUGGUGGAUCUGGUCUGUAUGGAAUCGACAGCAUGCCAGACUUGCGUAAGAAGAAGCCCAUCCCCCUGGUCAGCGACGUGUCGCUCGUCCAAGCCAGGAAGGCAGGGAUCGCCUCCGCCAUGGCGGCACGGUCCUCAUUCAAAGACGAGGAGCUGAAAAACCAUGUUUACAAGAAGACCCUGCAGGCGCUCAUCUACCCCAUUUCCUGCACGACGCCGCAUAACUUUGAGGUGUGGACCGCCACCACUCCCACUUACUGCUAUGAGUGUGAGGGGCUGCUGUGGGGAAUCGCCCGCCAAGGCAUGCGUUGCUCCGAGUGUGGCGUCAAGUGCCAUGAAAAGUGCCAAGAGCUGCUUAAUGCGGAUUGUUUACAACGUGCGGCUGAGAAAAGCUCCAAACAUGGAGCAGAAGACCGCACCCAGAAUAUCAUCAUGGCCAUGAAAGACAGGAUGAAGAUCAGAGAGAGGAACAAACCAGAGAUCUUUGAGCUGAUCAGGGAGGUGUUCAUCGUCACCAAAGCCAUUCACGCUCAGCAAAUGAAGACCAUCAAGCAGAGCGUGUUGGACGGGACGUCAAAGUGGUCGGCCAAGAUCACCAUCACAGUGGUUUGUGCGCAGGGACUUCAGGCGAAAGACAAGACCGGUUCCAGUGACCCGUAUGUGACCGUUCAGGUGGGGAAGACCAAGAAGAGAACCAAAACCAUCUAUGGCAACCUCAACCCAGUCUGGGAGGAAAAGUUCCACUUCGAGUGCCAUAAUUCUUCAGAUCGCAUCAAAGUUCGUGUUUGGGACGAAGACGAUGACAUCAAGUCCAGAGUGAAGCAGCGUCUGAAGAGGGAGUCCGAUGAUUUCCUGGGUCAGAGUAUCAUCGAAGUUCGAACGCUGAGCGGAGAAAUGGACGUCUGGUACAACCUGGAGAAACGGACGGACAAGUCGGCCGUGUCGGGAGCCAUUCGCCUCCAAAUCAACGUGGAGAUCAAAGGAGAAGAGAAAGUGGCUCCAUAUCACGUCCAGUACACCUGCCUGCAUGAGAACCUGUUCCACUUUUCCACUGACGUUCUGGGUCAGGGUGCGGUCCGGAUUCCCGAGGCCAGAGGUGACGAUUCGUGGAAACUUUACUUUGACGACGUGGCGCAGGAAAUAGUCGACGAGUUCGCAAUGCGCUAUGGGAUCGAGGCCAUUUACCAAGCCAUGACACAUUUUGCCUGCUUGUCCACUAAGUACAUGUGUCCUGGGGUUCCUGCAGUGAUGAGCAGCCUGCUGGCUAAUAUCAACGCUUUCUACGCCCACACCACCGCCUCCACCAAUGUGUCCGCCUCCGACCGUUUCGCUGCUUCCAACUUUGGGAAGGAACGUUUUGUCAAGCUUUUAGACCAGCUGCACAACUCCUUACGUAUUGAUCUCUCCACCUAUCGGAACCACUUUCCUGCCAGCAGCAAAGAUCGGCUGCAAGAUUUAAAAUCAACAGUGGAUCUUCUGACCAGCAUCACCUUCUUCAGGAUGAAGGUCCAGGAGUUACAGUCUCCGCCCAGAGCCAGUCAGGUGGUGAGGGACUGCGUCAAAGCCUGCCUCAACUCCACCUACGACUACAUCUUCAACAACUGCCACGAACUCUACAGCAGACAGUACCAGCCUGCAGACGCAAACAAGGAGGAGCUCCCCCUAGAGGAGCAGGGCCCCAGCAUCAAGAACCUGGACUUCUGGCCCAAACUCAUCAUGCUGAUCGUCUCCAUCAUAGAGGAGGACAGGAACUCCUACACACCUGUGCUCAAUCAGUUUCCACAGGAACUGAGUGUAGGAAAAGUUUCAGCAGAAGUCAUGUGGACGUUGUUCGCCCAAGACAUGAAGUACGCUCUGGAAGAGCAUGAGAAGCACAGAUUGUGUAAAAGCACCGACUACAUGAACUUGCACUUUAAAGUCAAGUGGCUCUACAAUGAAUACGUCAAGGAGCUUCCGAUCUUUAAGGAUGUCGUUCCUGAAUAUCCAUCUUGGUUUGUGCAGUUCGUUCUGCAGUGGUUGGGCGAAAACGAGGAUGUGUCGAUGGAGUUCAUGAAUGGAGCGCUGGAGAGAGACAAGAAAGACGGAUUCCAGCAGACGUCUGAGCACGCUCUGUUCUCCUGCUCCGUGGUGGACAUCUUCACCCAGCUCAACCAGAGCUUCGAGAUCAUCAAGAAACUGGAAUGCCCCGACCCCAGCGUCAUGGCUCACUACAGCCGCCGCUUCUCCAAGACAAUCGCCAAAGUUCUCCUGCAGUACAGUGCCAUCCUGACCAAGAGCUUUCCUUCUUAUAUUGACAAGGAGAAGAUUCCCUGUGUCCUCAUGAAUAACGUGCAGCAGCUGAGAAUCCAGCUGGAGAAAAUGUUUGAAUCAAUGGGGGGCAAACAGAUGGACACGGAGGCCAGCGACCUGCUGAACGACCUGCAGGUUCGGCUCAACAACGUUCUGGACGACCUCAGCAGCACGUUUGGGAACAGCUUCCAGAGCCGCAUCACCGACUGCAUGCGGCAGAUGGCGUCGCUGCUGUACCAGAUCAAAGGACCGCUCAACGAAAACACCAAGAACCAGGUGGAGGCCGACUCGGACAACAUGCUGCGGCCGCUCAUGGACUUCCUGGAUGCGCAAUUGACGCUGUUCGCCACGGUGUGUGAGAAAACCGUACUGAAGCGCGUUCUGAAGGAGCUGUGGAGGAUCGUGAUGACCAGCCUGGAGAAGAACAUCGUCCUGCCGCAGGGGAACGACACCUUCGGAGCACAGAUCCUUUCUGCCGCCAAAGAACUGGGACACCUUUCCAAACUGAAGGAUCACAUGGCAGGAGACGCUAAAAGCCUGACGCCCAGGCAGUGUGCCGUCAUGGACGUGGCUCUGGACACCAUCAAGCAAUACUUUCAUGCGGGUGGGAACGGCUUGAAGAAGACUUUCCUGGAGAAGAGCGCUGAGCUUUCGUCGCUCCGCCACGCUCUGUCUCUCUACACCCAGACCACCGACACGCUCAUCAAAACCUUUGUGACCACGCAGCAUUCACAAGUGCACAAUGGGAAGGGUAUUAGGUUAACUCCUAAUGAGAAAAUCCAGCCCAGCAGGGGUUCAGGUGUGGACAAACCCAUCGGAGAGGUUUCCCUGCAGAUUGAGCUGUACACUCAUCCGAAGAGCGGAGAGCGGAAAGUUACACUCAAAGUGAUUGGAGCCAGUGAUUUGAAGUGGCAGACGUCUGGGAUGUUCAGACCCUUCGUGGAAGUCACUAUGAUCGGGCCGCACCUCAGCGACAAAAAGCGCAGAUUUCAGACCAAAUCUAAGAACAACAGCUGGUCUCCCAAAUACAACGAGACCUUUCACUUCGUUCUGGGUGUCCAGGACGGGUUCGAGUGCUACGAGGUUCAAGCCUGCGUCAAGGACUACUGCUUCGGCCGCGCCGACCGGGUGGUGGGCCUGGCCGUGGUGCAGCUGAGGGACAUCAUGGAGAGGGGCAACUGCGCCUGCUGGUGCCCCCUGGGGCAGCGCAUCUCCAUGGACGACACGGGCCUGACCGCCAUGCGGAUCCUCUCCCAGCGCUCCAACGACGACGUCGCCAAGGAGUUCGUCCGGCUCAAGUCCGAGACCCGAUCAGCGGAGGAGGGAAGAUGAGGGUCUGCUUAUUCCAGUGGGACUGCUUUGACCUCUGACCUUUCUUGGCUGCUGUGGAAAACCUCACCAGCUUCCAGUGUUCUUCAACUUCACAUUUUUAACCUUUCUAACUCUCGUCCGCCUCUACUGAGGAGACAGAACCCAUCCAGAACCUGUCAACGGGCCGAAUAGGAACCCACCCACCCCAAGUGUUCUUGUGCAAUAAAUCCAACCCACCCCUCCCAAAGUGAGGCCAAGUGAUUCAAGCCUUACACUCUGCAAGCUGUGAAUGUGUUCAUGUAAAAGGAAAUAAAUCCUGUUUUUAAUGACCAGAAGUCAAAUAUUUCACUUCACUUAGCAAAGAAAAACUACAAAUCACAAUUUAUUUUUGUUUUCUAACAGUUUGAGCAGAUAAAUGCAGAAAUGAUUUUAAUCCUCAUUUUUAAUUAAAAAUGUUUGAAUUUAACUCAUAGCUUCAUUUCAUCCUCUAUUUGGUGGCCAUUUUAUUUCUCUCUGUGUUUCCUGUACGCUGUGACCAUUUUAUUUAUUUUUAUGUAUAUUUAUUUCCCUUUUAAAGACGGGAUUUGAUUUGCUUUAUGCUCCAUUAUUUUGACAUUUUUGUUGAGUUUUUUGGGGUUUUGUUACAAACUGAGUUGCACAGCAGGACUUGAGUUGGGGUAAUUACAAGUUUACAUUUCUCUCUUAUUUGUUUUUUAUUCUGCUCUUCAUAUCAGUGGCCUUAAUUAUAAAAAUGAUUUUUUAUGUUUUGUUGUUUAUUUUUAACCUCUUUAUCUUGUAAUUGUUAUGAUUUUCAUCUUAUUUCCCCAGACUGAUGUCAAACUGGUGAAUUUCCUUAACAUUUUGUAUUUUUCAUUUUAGUAAUUUUAUGUAAGCUGGAUUUUUGUGGGCAUCUGUCAUGCUGAGUAUCAAAUCCCAUGUUUUUUUAUUUGUUACCAUUUCUUUAUAUUUUCUUUAGAUAGAGAUUUAUUUUGAGCUCUUUUUGUUUCAGCAGCUUUUUAAUGGAUAAAAUCUCUUAGAAACUACAGAUCCAGCCUCCUGUUUCUUACCUUCACUGAGUAAUUCAAUGUUUUUGUUGAUGGGAGCAAAUAUUUCCUCGUGCCAAGUUAAGUUUUCACUUUAGGCUUUUUUAAUUAUUGCACAUUUUUGUAACUUUUGAACCAUAAAAUCACUGCAUUUAUCUGGAGCUUUCAUUGGACUGUCACAUCUCUUUAAAUCUCUCACUGUGUUUGCUUUCCACUUAAUGUUUUGUAUAAAGUAUUUAAGACUUAUA